GAAACCACGACGCGCAAAGCCGCAGAUGCCAGCACGAAAGCCGAUCAGCCCGCCGCCGGGCGGCGUGCGCCUUUCUUGACUUGGAGUGGAGCGGUGGGUCCAAGCUGCCGGCUGGGCUGGGCUGGGCUGGGCUGGGCUGGGGUUUGCGCUGGGCUGGGUGAUUUAACGUUAAGGCCGUUGGCUGAAACGAUGGCUUUCACUUGUGGCGCCGCCACACGCAGACGCAGUGCAGUGGAGAUCAUGACGCUAAACUCUUAUUUCCUUCUUAUUUUCUUUUCUUUUAUUUGUUCAACUCGUUCCCGAGUCCCAACUGCUCGGCCCUCGUCACUUGCAUGCAAGAUUGAAGAGGGGUUUUGCAAGUUCACCGCGGCCAAAGUUGUCCUCGCCGAGCUAUUAGCGAGCGAGCUGUGGGGAAAAGACUCGUCCCAGGACGAAGGUGCGAGGAUCUCGCCCUUUGUUCGCGCUCGCGUAUCUGUCCUUGCCCGGCCCUAUCCGUGCCAACUGUGUGUUUUCUCUCCACUGCGUAGGUAUAAAGAAAGGGGUCCACGACAGAUGUGCACGGCAUCCACUGCGGUAUCCACUGCCGGCCGGCCGGUUGUGUGCACGAAGUACGUACUAACGAAGUAUCUGCAGUCCCAUACGCUCCUGUCUGUCUCACCACCUACCUACCUGUCUUGCGCUUGCAGGAUGAGAUGCGGGGGGGCAAGAAACAAAAGUGGCUGAGCUAUUGAGAUGUCGACGAAAAAGAAGGAAAUACGGAGUAAUCACAUAUUACGCCGUGCGUGUUUUUUGUCUGUGUCUCUGUGAUGAUAGUCCGAUAUUUUAAGAA